GGACCUCAGUCACUCUUCGGCGCUCGCGCGGAGGAGACGCCAUCGACCCGGGUUGGCUCUAUCGAAAUUUAGUGACGCGACUCGUCAAAAGUGGCAGUGCCUGCGGUGAUAUAUCUGUGCGCGUUUCACUCCCUCUCUCUCUUUCUCUCAUACACAUACACACGAUCCUGACCGCCGUUUCUAGUUUUUGAUAGUCGAAAGGUUCGAAUGAUGGAUAUGCGUCUGACGUCGCGACGCGUACAGACAGAGCGUCGUCGGUCCGUCGCGCUGCCUCAGUGAGAGUUUGUACCUGGCACCGCGGCUCACGCACACUACCUCUCCUAUCUCUCUCUUUCUCUAUCUCUCUCUCUGUCUGUCUGUCUAUCUGUCUCUCUCUAUCUCUCUCUCUCGUUAUGAUAAAAGAGCACGUGUCUGUGUGACCAAGCGUGUUUGUGCGUCGUGUCUCUGUUCAACCGGAAUAAGAAACAAGAAUAAGCUUCGUUUCGUGGUUUUCUGCAAGUUUUGGAGGAAGGGAAUUUCGGAUUUGUGAAUCAUGGAUAUCCUGCCGAGUGGGAACAUCUUCAGAGAGCUACAGGACAUACACGACACCGGAUACUUCUCCGCACAGCCGUCGCUCGAGGAUCAUUGGCAACAGACAUGCUACGAGAUGGAGAGGUACCUGAAGGACGAGCCGAAGCUGCAAUCGUACAAGAAGCUGCCCACGGAGCUGGACACGGCACCUUGGAACCUCUUUAGGGCUCCUCCUAUUUCGUGGACGGCCACGACGGGAGCCGCGAACGCGCAAUUCGAGUCCCCGAUCAAAAUGGAGAUGACGACGUCGUCGGAGGACAGGGAGACGAUGAUUUGUUCGAUGGACGAGAUGAAGUUCAGCCCGUCGGACGACCACGGUCACAACGGUCGCGACAGGGACUUGUUGGACCGGCAUUUGGACUCGUUGUCCAUGUCUUCGUCGAGUUCGGCGUGCUCUGCGCUGUCCUGGGACAGUUCGCCGUCCCAGCUAUCCUGCAGGGCUUUCAUACUCAAGAAGGAGCCCAGCGAGGACCUUGAAGAGGACGAGGAACACGAGGAGAUCGAGGAGGACGAGGACAGCGGGUGCGAGAGCGAGGGACAGAUUCUUACGCCGCCCUCGAGUCCUGGCUCCGGUCAAGGCCAUUCCAACUCCAGUCAUUCGUCGACGGGCAGCUCGAUGCUCGACGUGCAGAACCUGAAUCUCCACGGCUCGGGCGGCAGGAGUGCCAUCGUCAGGGUCACCGCCAGCAACGCGCAGAGUGUCGCAAGACUGAUCUCGGUGACGGCGAAUGGAUUCCCGGCGGUGUCGGGUGCGCAGCAUUCAGGCACUGGUGCGUCCUCGAGUAGCGUGUCGAACAGGCAUCACGCGAGGAGUCACGAGCACAGUCCACCGGACACCAAGCGCAGGAUACACAAGUGCCAGUUCCCCGGAUGCAAGAAGGUCUACACCAAAAGCUCGCAUCUGAAAGCUCACCAGAGGACGCACACGGGCGAGAAGCCGUACAAGUGCAGCUGGGAGGGUUGCGAGUGGCGGUUUGCCCGUUCAGACGAGCUGACCCGCCACUACCGCAAGCACACCGGGGCGAAGCCGUUCAAGUGCCGGCAUUGCGACCGCUGUUUCUCCCGCAGCGACCACCUAGCCCUCCACAUGAAGAGACACGUGUAACGCGCGCGGGUUCCAAUCCAGAAAGAAAAGAAGAGAAACAGCUUUUGGUAGUCGAGGAUCGGAGAUCGACCGCCGAUCCGAGGAUCCACGGGAGACGGUUUGGCGACGCGGGACGAUUCCUGUUUGGUUCGGUUCGAGGACGAUCGGUGUCGCGAAAUUGUCAUGGUCUUGAUUCAUCCUGGAGUACCUCCGACCGAUCUGAGUCGUGAAUCGAUGGCUCCGAGUCAUCCUGGAACAGCUCCAAGCGAUCUAAAUCAACUUUCCGAGCUUCUACUGCAUUCUGGAGGAUCUCCAAACGAUUUGGAACAAGAAUUGGUGACAGUGACUCGGUCUGGAGGCUCUCCAAGCGAUUUAUACCGACCUGACUCGGCUUCGAAGAUCUCCAAGUGAUCUGAACGAGUCUUCUGGAGGUUCGACCAAUUCUGGAUGACCUCCGAGCGACCCAAACAAAUUUUCCGAAGUUCCCAUUCAUCCCGAAGAACGUCGAAGCGAUUUAACCGAACCUGUCGCAUCUCCAAGUGACUCGAAUCAACGUCCGGCGGUUCUUACCCGGUCCCAAGGAUCUACGAUCGGCUUACCAACCUUCUCGGAGACUCUCGGAGAGGAUCUAACGAGAGUUCACCGACGUCCAGUUGCCGAUUUCAUCGGACGUCGAUCCUCGACUCGGAUCCAGCGGUCUUCUCAGCACGAACAAGUUCGAAAUUGAUUUCGGUCGAAGACAUUUGGUGGUCCCACGGACUGAACGGAGGUUGAAGCGAGAGGAUCCAGUGGCUAUCAAUCCCGUUCCCUCUUCUGAACGACUAUGUAACCGUACGGUGAAUAUGAAAUUCGUGAAAUCGACGAUCAGGCAAGAGGGUACCCUGUCAUCACCGUUACUCGGUUUUAUCCUCCAGGCAAUGGCCGAGCAAACAACGAGAGAAUUUUAGGUACGAACGUCGUCGUCGUCGUCGUCGUCGUCGUCGUCGGUAACUACCAAUCACUGCCAUUAAAUUUGUAAUAGUUAGAGAAACGUUGCCUCGAGGACGAGAUCCACCGCUGCUACAUCCAAUUGUCUGCUUCCUGUGGGAGGUACGAAUUUUCGGUUAUCAGGGUCUCCCGCUGUUCUUGAAAACCUGAAGACAAUAAAAGUCUGUCGGUGCCAAAUUCUUUUUUCCUCCCUUAAAAAUAACUGCGACUCGUCCGACCAAAAAUUCGGUACCUUUCACAAAACUGGAAAAGAAGAAAUGUUUCUCAAGGGAUCUUCCGUGGCUCGUCUCUUUAUUUCCUCGUAGUGGCAAGCAGUUUUUCUAAGAGCCGGAAGGUUUGUACUUUUGUACGAUGCUUUAAUCGGAAAUUUUUCAUGGGUGGAGGGUGGCCGGGCGGACCUGCUCAAACGUACAGAGAAACUAUAUUUUUUAAUAUAUCCUCGUGUGUUACCUAAACAAUGUUUAUAUAGAGAAACGUGUGAAGACAUUCCAAAAAAAAAAAAUGAAGUGAACUGAUUUUUCAUUAAGCUCGCUGCCACCCGUCCACCGGACCCCCGGGGUCAAAAUCCACAAACGACUCUCAAUUGUUUCAAAUUAUUUACGAUCGUCUCUCGGAUCGAAGGGGGUGGCAGACAAUUUUUUUUUUGAUCGUCGAUUUCGAGAGAGAGCCAUAAGAAAGUGAGCCAUAAAAGAAGGGAAAGUGCGUCUGUUCGGGGAAAGACUAAUUUACUCGAAGUUAUUAAUUUUUAAAUGUUCAGUGGCCAAAUAACUCAAGCGCACGUAGAAACACCGUACCUACCGACAUUUAAGGUAAAGCCUGACUGACAUAAUUGAGUGGAAUUAAAAAAAGAAAGAGAGAGAGUGUGUUUGUGUGUGUGUAUGUGUGCGCGCGCGUGUGUGCGUGCGUGUGUGUGAGCACGAUUUUAGUUUAGGGGAAUACAAAUCUAUAUAUAUAUAUAUAAUAUAUAUAUAUAUUAUAUAGUAUAUUUUUUGUUCUUUAUAAUUUUAUUUUUAUCGAACGCAUGGAUGUUGUUUAUUAUUAAUUAUUUUAUUCUACCCUUCGAUCAUUAAUCGUCUAGGGUUCAGAAACCAAAACGGGGGGUGCGUGUUCUUCGCUUUGCAAUUUUAUUUGUAAUUUAAAGUAACGAAAGCUUAUUUGUUAAAUGCAUUUCCGAAGAGUGUAUAUCAGUAUUUUCUGUUAAUUUGUAAAAUCUCCGAGUUUUGUUAUUGUAUAUUAUAUGAAUAAAGUAUGUGCGUGCGCGAGUGAAAGCCGAGAGAAUUUGUGCAAUUUCACGUGAAAGCGUUUUCAUUAUUUGUUACCAUGUUUAAAAAACGAGAGAAAUACGAUUAUUAUUAAAUAAAAAAAAUAUAUAUAUAUACAUUGUAUAUGUAUAUACGUACAUGUAGCUGCAUUUACGAUUAGGCUAGGAUCGAUGAUAUGGGAGGAUGAUGACGAUGAUGACGAUGAUGAAUGGGAGGACCGUUUCAAAUUUUUUGAUAGCCAUAUACAAUUUCGAGAGGUGUUUUCCAAAAUUUACUAAGUUAGAGCUUUUCUUUACCCUUUAUUCAUUCUGUAAGACCAACGAGCAAGGGCUGGAAUUAAGAGGAAGAAUGAAAGUCAUACCUAAGAUUAAUUUUGUGGGGUGGAAUUGUUGACCGAAUGUUAAUUAACCCUCGGGACGUACCUGGGACAGGACUCACCCCCGAUUCGGUGUACUGAGGGUUGAAAAACAUAUAUUAUUCAUCGUACACUAAAUUUUGAUUCGAAACGAAAGUAGACAGACUGAAUUUACGCACCUGGUCAACCAUUCUACCUGCAAGAAAAAAAAACGAAAAAGCGUUAAAAGCGACUAAAAACUAGGUAAAAAAGUAGUUAGAACCGUAGGUAGGUAGCCCCGUUAGAUAGAUGGAAAAACGUUAGAUAGGCAGAAGAAAAAAAAAUUAGAUCGAUGAGCGACGUUCGGGGAGGAGGAGAAGAGAUUAUUAUAAAUAAAAAAAGAGGAAGUCUAAACGAUAGAUAGGUGGAUAUAUUGCGGUAGAUAGAGAUACGAGUAUCCAAGGAAUCUUCCUGGGGUACCUAAGGGAAUUAUCCCUGUCUGGUGUGUUUCCCCCCCCCCAUUUCUUUUCCUUUUUUCUCUUGUUAAAGUCAGUGGAACGACGAAUGAGUCUGCAAGAUUAACCAAAGUGUAGUUAGAAGGUUUCCAUGUUUCUAGGAUAAUUAAUUGAUAAUCGGAGAAUUGAACAAUUUUCAAGGGUCGAAUAAUGCACUUUCAGUUUUCUCCAGCCAAGGUUUUUAACAAUGAGAAUCGAUGUUAGGGUAAAGUGACCUUCGGCAUCACGAAAAGACUUGUAAAAAAAAAAACAAAAAAAAAAAUGAAAUAAUCGUGCAACGAGUUCAACGAGACAAGGAACAAAUAUUAAAUAAAAUUAAGUAAACGAAAUGACGAAACACGAGGGGCGCAAGUGUAAUUAAUCGUUGGGCGUCCGUCCUUUAAUUUCAUCUUCCAUUAACGCUUAUUUGUAAGAAUAAAUCUCGCUCGGAGAAAUCUCACAAGAUAUGUAAGAGAACGCAGGGAAACGCACAAAGGUAUGAAAACGGCCCCUGGGUCAGUGACCCGUGGGUAAAGAUCGAUCCCCGGGUCAAAAGUGGCCCGCGAUCACCGAAGUACUAUUUUCGACGUUUUUACGGUCCCGUUCGAGGCCUAACAAUCGUUUCGUUUCCAUUCCGAAAGCGAGGGAAUCCUUCGUUUCGAUUACAAUUCAAUUAAAAAUAUUCUAAAUUAUCGUUUCUUCGAAAAUGAUCCUCGCAGUAUGAUGAAAAGUACUCGCUAUACUCAUUAUAUAUAUCAUGAUAAACGAAAAAGGCAAAAAAAAGCAACAGAUCACGUUUUAGGGUGUUAAGAAUGAAAAUAGUAUUUCUAGCAAUUUUAUACAGGCAUGCGACGUUUCUUCUUGUAAAUAAAACGACAUACGUACACCACCCCGGUCACUGGCACGGAAACACGGAAACAGAAUGUUACGGUGUAACAAAAUUAUUCAUAGACGGUAAUUAAUUAAUUAAUUAAAUAAAUAAUCGAAUAAACGCCUCGUCGACGGUCGAUCGAUUGGAUUCGACCAUCGAGCAAACGAACAAUUGUUAUUUUGUCAAAAGUCGUCUGGUUCGAAUUUUAUUUCAUCUAGCAUUUGCUCCAUUCUAUCGCGUCUGAUUUAUAACGCGGCUAUACUACUGACAUAUACAUAUAUACAGUCUACUUUCCAUUUAAAACUCCGUUGGAAGUUGAAUUAAUUUUUUUCUACAAUUUUCAUACGUUUUUAUAGAAUUCUCGAGGGAUGGCUUUUUUCCUGUGAUAGGGUUGGGGCGAGACGCGACUAGAGAGCCGUGGAGAGCGGCACCGUGUUUCCUGUACAAACACAGGCUAGGGGGAAGCGAUUAAGCCAGCCUUCGACUCGAUACACGUUUUUCGAAUUUCCGGAUUGAGAGAAUCGAUACACGGAGCGCACGAUUACAGCGGAGAGAACGCGUUGCGAAAAAGAUAAAAAUGAAACGAAUGGAGCAAUCGCUAUAAAACGAAAUUUCAAACGAAACUUGCAAGUAUUUCGUUAUUGAACAGUUUUAUUUGCAAUUGCAUCUGCAACAGCAAUUUUUAUAGAUCGCCAGAUAUUUCGUCGAAUCGAAUUUCUUAAUUGGAAUUGAUCUUCAAGCACUUUGCCAUCUUAAUUGGAAUUGCAUGGGAAUUAAUAAUAAUAGAAAGCGGACACGGUCAGGCUCAAUUAUUAUCGACCCGUACUACUUGCUAGGUGUCGCGAUUCUACUUCUAAAUUUUCAUUUCUAUUCAGUAAAAAUGUUUUCUACCGCGUAAACAUGCUUGGGACGACUUAUUAUCGACUCGUACUACUUGCUAGGUGUCCGCGCACGAUUUGUAUUGACUUAAGCCACGUCCCACGCCGUACGCCACUUACAUUGACCCGCGCUACUUGUUACGUAUUAUUAAACGCCACAAUUUAAACUCUCCGGCGCGAGCGUCCCGACGGGUCGCUCUCGCCAACGUUAAAUUGGCUUUGCUUGUAAAUAAAUUGACGCUUUGUUAACUCAUUCUAAUUAAUCAAAAAAAAAAAUAAAAAUGGUGUCGUGAAUAAAUAAAUUUAUCGCAUAGGCUUACAUCAACGAAGCUUCCAAGCUUUAGUCAAAUUUGUUGAUUUCUCUCUCUCCCCUCUUAGCAAUUUUUAUAUUAAUUAGGACGGUUCGACGCGCUUUCGCGUUCCAGCAUCGAACGAAUUAGUUAAUUGAUUAGCGAAAUUCUGCGAUUAUUAAAAAAGGGAAGAUGAGAUUCUCUCGAUUAACGAACAUGAGAAUUGUUUCGAAAUCGUUUUUGUAUUGCGACGAAUUUGUUGCGUGCUGAUUUAUACAGGGUGUCCCGGGUUCAGCGACUCGGAACCGGAUGAAAUUCCAAGUAGCAAGUUCCUUUUCCCUCCGACCGCUAUUGACAAAGUUAUUAUAAAAUGUGGACCGCAGGUUCUCGUUAACAACUUCGUUGAUAAUGAUCGAACUCUCGACUCGGAAUUCCAUCCUCUUUCACGGUCCCGCGCAGGAGGAGAGUCACGCCUCUCCGGGACACCCUGUCCCGCUUGUAUAUGAUGCGUGCGUCUUUCAUUUUUAUUAAUAAUAAAAUGGUUUUACACAGA